AUGAUUAUACCGCCUUCCACUGUUGUGGUGGCAAGAGGAUCGGAUGCCAGUGGGUCUCGAGAUAUAGCACCUAACCCACUGGGUUUUAAUGUCUGCCCUUGGGAGGUGAUGUAUCCUCUGGGUCGAGUGCCUCCGGAGUACCCAGUAGGUGGCCUGGGACGUGGUUUUACGCAAAGUGAAAAGUGGUUACGAGAACUGUUGGUUUCGUAUGGUAUGCCUCAUCACUGGAGUUAUGCCAUACCCAACAGACUUGUUUCGGCUGUAAGUCACCCAUCAUCAUGGCGAUCUCUUUUUCGUUCUUCUCUGGAGUAUGGGUUUCGAUUGCCCCUGCCUACAUGGUUGUGUGUUGUAAUGCACCGUAGUAAGCUUUCAAUCGAUUCUGUUAGUCCUCGUUUUUGGACUUUCAUCUCUUGUUUUAUUCUGUCAUGUCGUCGAGUUGGGGUUCCACCAUCCCCCGAGUUGUUUUAUGCUUGUUUUUUCUUUCGUCAUGAUCGAGUGGCUUGGGAGUUGCACAAACGGAAGUCAGCCAAUAACCUUUGCACUUUGCUGAGCCAUCUGAAGGGGUCGUGGGAGACGGAAUUUUUUUAUUUUCUUGCCCCGCCUAGUGAGUUUACCUCCGGAGGUAUCACAGUCCCAGCUGACUGGAGUGAAGGUGUUACAGGUGGAUUUCAGGAUCCCGUGAUUGAGGGAGAGAUAGCUUUACAGCAUGAUCGGCUUCUCCGGGAGAGACCCAUUGAUAUAAGUACUCCUGGGGCUCGAGCAAGCUUGUUUCUUGCUGUUUAUGGUAAAGAUUACUCGCACUUUCAGAGGUGUAUGAGGAAUAGAGAAGUGCCAGCAGUGCCUCACUCGUAUGUCGGGGUGCCAAUUCGUGAGAGACCAGAUAAUCCCCCGCGUGGAUGGUCGAGAGUUCGUCAUGACCAGUCGAAGAGAACUCGUUCCUGGGUGAGAGGAUCAGGAGAUUCCCCUACUGGGAAGGGUCGCUCUGAGGGGAGAGCCAGAGAUGCUAAAGGAAAAACCCCAGUGGGCGGUAGGGGAACCCUGAAGCAUCAGGGGAGUCUUCAAGAGCCAGCAAAGGUGGAAUUUUGGCUGGUGGUGUCAUAA